CCUACCGCGAUCACCUUUCUACAUAAGAACUGGUAGCUACUAGAUAUUCCAAGGUUGCAAACAGUGGAAACAAGCACAUCGCCAGCCUUGCGCCUGCUGAACUCGAGUCACUUUCCCUGGUAGACUAGAUUAAACACCUGGGAAGCUUCUUGACAACAACAUCUUGACAGCAUCUUAAAACUUCUACCGCGACUCAAUAUGAAUACCUGGUAGCCAACUCUGCCAACUGUAGAUUGAUUUGACGACAAAAUUCAAGUAAAUAUACGCCAACUCUACAACAAGCCCAAUUGAAGCCAAUUCGGUUCAAUCCAGCUCGGCUCAACUCAAUUCAAUUCAAUUCAACACAGAACAGAACAGAACAAACAAAACAACACAACACAUAUUCACCACUCAAGCUUCAUCCGCAAUUACAACCGCAACCAUGGCCUACACCGACGAUGCCGUGCUAGCUAAGCUGUCUGCUCUGUCCGAAGCGGCAGACAGCAUUGUGACGCAAGCCCAAUGGAUUAUGUUCCAUAGACGUCACGCAGAUCGAACUGUUCAGCUAUGGCUACAACGACUGAAGGACUCAACAAGUCACAAGCGAUUAAACCUCAUAUACCUUGCCAAUGAGGUUGCUCAACAGACUAAAGCCCGUCACAAAGAGGAUUUUGUUCUCGCAUUCUCCCCUGUCAUCGCGGAAGCUGUCGCAACUGCUUACAAGGGUGCUUCCACGGAUAUUCAAAACAGAAUCCAACGGGUUGUCGAUGUCUGGAAAGACCGCGAAAUUUUCGAGAAGCCCAUCUUAGAGGCUAUAGACACCCGUAUUCAUGAAAUCAAUCAGGUCCGCGGUACUGCUAAAGCUGGGCUUGGUGGUUCCAUUUUCGGAUCUGCUGCAACCAUUCCAGCAGAGCUAGCCCCUUUGACCACUCCUCAACAGAAUGUCACGAAGCUGCUUCUGGGCAUGAGGACCACAGCCAACUCUGCCAAUCAGGAGUAUGACAAGUUGCUGGGUCCGAAUAGCACCGCCCCUUCUGCUCCUGUGUAUGCCGCUCGUUUGAGCGGGUUGCUCAAAACGCUAGCUCAAGCUGAAGGGGCCGUAGAGCAAUGCGUCAAAGCCCGUCGCGAGCUUGUCGUAGCGCUCCAGAAGGUCUUAGAUACUAAUAGGAAUGCGCUAGUGGCUGAAGAGAAUCAGCUAGAGACGUUCGUGACCCGAAGAAUGGAGGUGGAAGACAAAAAGACAGAAGUCGAGAGGGCUAUCAUGGCUGGGCUUCCAGAUGACGAGCCUUUCUUGCCGGGCACCGCUUCAAAUGACCAACCAGACACGGAGCCUGAGAGGCCUGAAGUCGAAGCUCUCACGCCACCCUCGAUGGAACCCGAGCAUUCAGAGCAACCCGAUUCAUUUGGCGAAACGGAAACCCGCGAGACUCUUGCACAACCCGAAACAAAAACCACAGGAGCCCCUUCUGUCCUAGGUCUGCAGUUCAAAUCGGUACCUACUACGACUAAUGGAUCUAAGAAACGUAAGAUCGAUGAGGCCGAUGGCUUCCCGGACCUUGGCGAAGACGAUGGCAUCGAUUCGGACGUGGCUGAGAUGCUUCGGAGGGAUAGUGGCGGUUCCUAAAUUGGCGCUCAAAUUUGCCAGAGUUGGCCUCCAUGGAGUCUAGGCAUGCGUGUCUUCGAAGACAUACACGGAUGAACAGGAGUUAGCCAUUGUACAAUAGCAGCAAUCUUGGCGUUCUGGGUCAGGUCAUCUUUCUAUAGCCUCGUAUCGGGGUUACUCCAGCUACUCCAGUUUUCUUCAUCCUUCAAUGAUACGCUGUCUAUCUCUACUUGCUGUAGUAGCUUCUGCUAUAGGUAAUCGAUGCGAAUGAACCACGGUCAUCUUCUAAUUUUGUACAUUAUAUCUACAUUAUAUCAAUGGAGAGCAGACGUGUUGGCCGAACAGAUCUAACAUAUUUCAAUGUGAAAGGUGAUACCAAGGUCUCGGUUUUUAUCGGGACAAUCACGAUGUUGUAAGGGGCGUCUUGUUUAAGGACCUUCGAGUGAUGAAACUGACGUCCACGUACAUCGUCCAUAUGAAAUUUCCAUAUAGUGAUUUAUUUAUAGACGGUCUCAGAACUCAGCCGGUGUUGACAGGUAAUUUAACUAGCCUGUCUAUUCAGGCAAAUACGCGAAAAGGUUCAAUAUAUGGACA